AUGGGGCUCGCAGGCGCCACAGCGGAUGGGGCUCGCAGGCGCCACAGCGGAUGGGGCUCGCAGGCGCCACAGCGGAUGGGGCUCGCAGGCGCCACAGCGGAUGGGGCUCGCAGGCGCCACAGCGGAUGGGGCUCGCAGGCGCCACAGCGGAUGGGGCUCGCAGGCGCCACAGCGGAUGGGGCUCGCAGGCGCCACAGCGGAUGGGGCUCGCAGGCGCCACAGCGGAUGGGGCUCGCAGGCGCCACAGCGGAUGGGGCUCGCAGGCGCCACAGCGGAUGGGGCUCUCAGGCGCCACAGCGGAUGGGGCUCUCAGGCGCCACAGCGGAUGGGGCUCUCAGGCGCCACAGCGGAUGGGGCUCUCAGGCGCCACAGCGGAUGGGGCUCUCAGGCGCCACAGCGGAUGGGGCUCUCAGGCGCAACAGCGGAUGGGGCUCGCAGGCGCCACAGCGGAUGGGGCUCGCAGGCGCCACAGCGGAUGGGGCUCGCAGGCGCCACAGCGGAUGGGGCUCGCAGGCGCCACAGCGGAUGGGGCUCGCAGGCGCCACAGCGGAUGGGGCUCGCAGGCGCCACAGCGGAUGGGGCUCGCAGGCGCCACAGCGGAUGGGGCUCGCAGGCGCCACAGCGGAUGGGGCUCGCAGGCGCCACAGCGGAUGGGGCUCGCAGGCGCCACAGCGGAUGGGGCUCGCAGGCGCCACAGCGGAUGGGGCUCGCAGGCGCCACAGCGGAUGGGGCUCGCAGGCGCCACAGCGGAUGGGGCUCGCAGGCGCCACAGCGGAUGGGGCUCGCAGGCGCCACAGCGGAUGGGGCUCGCAGGCGCCACAGCGGAUGGGGCUCGCAGGCGCCACAGCGGAUGGGGCUCGCAGGCGCCACAGCGGAUGGGGCUCGCAGGCGCCACAGCGGAUGGGGCUCGCAGGCGCCACAGCGGAUGGGGCUCGCAGGGUCCACAGCGGAUGGGGCUCGCAGGCGCCACAGCGGCUGGGGCUCGCAGGCGCCACAGCGGCUGGGGCUCGCAGGCGCCACAGCGGCUGGGGCUCGCAGGCGCCACAGCGGCUGGGGCUCGCAGGCGCCACAGCGGCUGGGGCUCGCAGGCGCCACAGCGGCUGGGGCUCGCAGGCGCCACAGCGGCUGGGGCUCUCAGGCGCCACAGCGGCUGGGGCUCUCAGGCGCCACAGCGGCUGGGGCUCCCAGGCGCCACAGCGGCUGGGGCUCCCAGGCGCCACAGCGGCUGGGGCUCCCAGGCGCCACAGCGGCUGGGGCUCCCAGGCGCCACAGCGGCUGGGGCUCCCAGGCGCCACAGCGGCUGGGGCUCCCAGGCGCCACAGCGGCUGGGGCUCCCAGGCGCCACAGCGGCUGGGGCUCCCAGGCGCCACAGCGGCUGGGGCGCUACUACAACAACAGUAG